AAGAAUCCGUCGAGGUUCAGUCCGACACGUCUGGCGUGUAAUACUUAUCCAAAAUUUAUUUUCCCUUCUGGAAUAAAAUUAGUAGUAUCAAUUUCCCCAAAUUAACCCCUUUAAACUCUGCUACAUAUACAUGUAUUUAUAAGAGUUUGGUAGUGCCUGAUUUUGUUCUGAAUGCCAUAGCCCAUCACAGCGAUCAAUUCUAUUCAAUCUGUUUGUUGAGGUAUUUUGCAUGUGAUGGAAAAAAUGAAGGCGGGGAAUUACUUUCUAUAUCUUUUUUGUUUAAUCGUGGUCUCCUUUCCAGUGAUUGCUGUGGCUCCACCGACCUGUCCUGCUAACGAGGGUAGUAAAUGCAAGGAUAGUGACUCUGAUGAAUGGAAAGGCGAAUUUUUUCCUGGUAUCCCCAAAAUUAAGUAUGAGGGUCCUAAAACCAAGAACCCGCUUGCAUUUAAAUGGUAUAAUGCUGAAGAAGAAAUUCUUGGGAAAAAAAUGAAGGAUUGGAUGAGAUUCAGUGUUGCGUUUUGGCACACAUUUCGUGGGAUGGGAGGUGACCCAUUUGGUGCACCUACAAAGAACUGGCCAUGGGAAGAUGGCACCAAUUCGUUGGCUAUGGCCAAGAGGAGGAUGAGAGCUAACUUUGAGUUCUUAGACAAGCUUGGAGUUGACCUGUGGUGCUUCCAUGAUAGGGAUAUUGCUCCAGAUGGUGAAACCCUAAAGGAAACUAAUGCAAAUUUGGAUGAGGUGGUAGCGCUUGCCAAAGAGCUUCAGGGGACCAAAAUUCAUCCCUUGUGGGGCACAGCUCAGUUGUUUUUGCAUCCUCGUUACAUGCAUGGUGGUGCUACUAGCUCUGAAUUAGGAGUAUAUGCGUUUGCCGCAGCGCAGGUCAAGAAAGCCAUGGAGGUUACGCAUUAUCUAGGGGGCGAAAAUUAUGUUUUCUGGGGUGGUCGGGAGGGUUAUCAGACCCUUUUAAACACAGAUAUGGAAAGAGAGCUUGAUCAUAUGGCAAGGUUUAUGGAAGCUGCUGUUGCCUACAAGAAGAAAAUUGGAUUCAACGGGACACUACUUAUUGAACCCAAACCUCAAGAACCCACCAAACACCAGUAUGACUGGGAUGCUGCCACAACAGCUAAUUUCUUGCGAAAAUAUGGCCUCAUAGGACAAUUUAAACUUAACAUUGAAUGCAACCAUGCCACCUUAUCCGGUCACAGCUGUCAUCAUGAUCUUGAAACUGCAAGAAUCAAUGGUUUGCUGGGAAAUAUUGAUGCGAACACUGGCGAUCCUCAAAUAGGCUGGGAUACAGAUCAGUUCCUAAUGGAUAUAGGGGAAGCAACCUUGGUUAUGCUCAGCGUUGUCAGAAAUGGAGGAUUAGCACCAGGAGGCUUCAACUUUGAUGCCAAAUUGCGAAGGGAAAGCACAGAUGUUGAGGACAUAUUUAUUGCUCACAUUGCCGGAAUGGAUACCCUAGCCCGUGGACUAAGAAAUGUUGACAAACUGAUUUCGGAUGGUUCUUUGGCUGAACUUGUUCGCAAGCGAUAUCAAAGUUUUGACUCUGAAAUUGGGGCUCAAAUAAAGGCUGGCAAGGCUGAUUUUGAAAUGCUUGAGAAGGCGGCCAUGGAAUGGGGAGAACCCAAAGUUCCUUCUGCUAAACAGGAACUGGCGGAGAUGAUUUUCCAGUCUGUGCUGUAGAUCAGCACUUUGCACAUGAGUACAAGUUUUAGUUCUUUCAUAGUAGCGCCUUGUAGUUUACCAAUAAUAGAAGCAGCAGUUGCACCCAAGUUGGCUUCAUAUCUUUCUGAAAAAUAUAUUGCAAGUUGUAACCAACCAAUGCAAUUAACCAGUUAUUAGAAAGAGCCGUUUAUCA